AUGCCUUCCAUCCAGUCCUCAGUUCAGCCAUCUAUUCCAUAUGCAGCUUUGACGGCGGUCUUGCUCAUCGGCUACUUUUUUGUGUGGCCCCUGAUUGUCUACUUCCGAGAUGCCAAAGGCCUUCGCAGGUUUCACAACUUUGCACCGCUCUCCGGGGCGUCCAAUAUCCCCUUCAUGGUCCUCGCGCAUGGCGGCGCCCGGUCAAGCCAUCUCACGCAACUCCACAAGACUCAUCCAAUCCUGCGGACCGGCACCAACACACUUUCUUUCGGCGAUGUCCGGGCGAUCAAGGACAUUUACGGCCACGGAUCGCCAUGCACCAAAGACGACCAGUACAACUUGCUCGCUGGCACCCACUACCACCUGGCAGACGUGACGGACAAGCACGACCACCAGCGCAAGAGGAAGAUCCUUUCAUCCGCAUACGCCCUGAAGAACCUGGAAGGCUGGGAACAUAAGGUCUCGGACAAGGUAGAGCGUACCUUUGCGCACUUUGACAGUGUCUGCACCCGGCCCUUGGCCAAAGGGCAAGUAUUCGCGGAUCCGGGGGACUUGACAGUCGACUGUCGUGCCUGGACAAACUUCUUCUCCCUCGAUGCCAUCGCCGACAUUGGGCUCUCGGAGCGGCUGGGCCUGCUGGAUCGCGGCCACGACCGCGUCGAUGCGCGUCGCAUGGAUGGCACCGUGUACGAGUGCAGCCUGCGCGAGAGUCUGUAUCCCGUGGCCACCAAGCAAUCCCUUCUCUCCUGGACCUAUGACUGGUACAAGAUCAUCGACAAGGUCUCCGACCUCGUGCCCUACUACCGCCGCCUCUCGAGCAAGGGCAAGCACUGGGAUGCCAUUGUCGUGCAGCGGGCCGCCCUGCGCCUGGAGCGCUACCGAGCCGGCGAGAAGCUGGACGACUUCUUCCAGGCCCUCAUGGAGAACAAGAACGGCGAGCCAAACAGCAUGGAGUGGGGUGAGAUUGUGGCCGAGAUCAACAUCAUGAUGAAUGCCGGUAGCGUCACCACCGCCAUUGCCCUCGCCAACGUCCUGCACCAGCUCAUCUGCCACCCCGACGUCUUGCAGCGGCUCAGGGACGAGGUCGACGCUGUGCUCGACCCGGACGAAGUCGUUGCACCGUACGACAAGGUUAAGCAUCUGCCCUAUCUGAGGGCGUGCCUUGACGAGUCCCUUCGACUCCAUCCGCCGACGCCCCAUGGCUUGACACGCAAGACGCCGCCGGAGGGCAUGCAUGUCAUGGGCGAGUGGAUUCCCGGCAACACCACAGUCGCCGUCUCGGCCCUCGUCGCCCAUCGCAGCGCCGCUUUCAAGGACGCCGACCAUUUCCAACCGGAGCGAUGGCUGGGCGAAGAUGGCAAGAAGCUGCAGUCCUACUUCAUCUCCUUCUCGGCAGGCGCGAGGGGCUGCAUUGGUCGCAACAUCUCGUAUCUGGAACAGACUGUCUUUGUAGCGUCCAUGGUCCACCGAUAUGGGUUCGCCCUGGCCGAGGGAUUCGAGAUGCAGCGCAGGGAGACUAUGAACUGGAUUCUGGGGGAGAUGCCGAUCAAGAUAUGGAGGCGAGACCUUGGGACAGAGUAA